GCGGGGCUUACUGAACUUACAAAAACAGUGGCAGACAACUUGCAGGUCAGGAGCCUUAUCACGAUUCUUGUUGGAUUUGGCGUUUCUUUGAGUUAUAAGAAGGAUGGCGGAAAACAGAGAAAAGGCUACGGAUCAAAUGAAAAUAUGGAAAGAAGGCAGAGGAUCUCAGAGACCCGAUGUGUUGACCACGGGAGCAGGUAUUCCCAUUGGUGAUAAGCUGAACCUUCAGACGGCUGGACCCCGAGGCCCACUGCUGGUGCAGGAUGUUGUCUUCACGGAUGAGAUGGCCCACUUUGACCGCGAGCGAAUCCCUGAGCGAGUGGUGCAUGCGAAAGGAGCAGGUGCAUUAGGUUAUUUCGAGGUGACUCAUGACAUUUCACACUACUGCAAAGCCAAGGUGUUCGAGUAUGUGGGCAAGACUACUCCCCUCGCUGUGAGAUUCUCUACUGUGGCCGGUGAGUCUGGUUCAGCUGAUACAGUCCGGGACCCUCGAGGAUUUGCAGUGAAGUUCUACACCGAUGAGGGCAACUGGGACUUGACAGGCAAUAACACACCCAUCUUCUUCAUCAGGGAUGCACUUCUGUUUCCGUCCUUCAUCCACUCUCAGAAGCGAAAUCCGCAGACUCACCUGAAGGACCCUGACAUGGUGUGGGACUUUUGGAGUCUGCGUCCGGAGUCACUGCAUCAGGUGUCCUUCCUCUUCAGCGAUCGUGGAUUGCCUGAUGGACAUCGCCAUAUGAAUGGCUAUGGAUCCCACACCUUUAAGCUGAUAAACUCUCAAGGCAACCCUGUCUACUGCAAAUUCCACUACAAGACCGAUCAGGGCAUUAAGAAUCUGACUGUAGAGGAGGCAGACCAUUUAGCCGCUACUGAUCCUGACUAUGCCAUCCGUGACCUGUACAACGCCAUCGCCAAUGGCAACUUUCCCUCCUGGACCUUCUACAUCCAGGUCAUGACCUUUGAGCAGGCGGAGAAGUACCUAUGGAACCCAUUUGAUCUAACCAAGGUUUGGUCCCAUAAAGACUACCCCCUGAUUCCAGUUGGACGCAUUGUGUUGAAUAAAAACCCUGUUAAUUAUUUCGCUGAGGUGGAGCAACUGGCAUUUGACCCCAGUAACAUGCCACCAGGUAUUGAGCCAAGUCCGGACAAGAUGCUACAGGGUCGUCUCUUCUCAUACCCCGACACCCACCGCCAUCGUCUUGGAGCCAACUACCUCCAGCUACCUGUUAAUUGCCCUUAUCGUGCCCGCGUGGCCAACUACCAGAGAGAUGGACCCAUGUGCAUGACUGACAACCAGGGGGGAGCUCCGAACUACUACCCCAACAGCUUCAGUGCCCCAGAUUGUCAGCCACGCUUUCUGGAGUCCAAGUUUAGAAUCUCUCCUGACGUCGGGCGCUACAACAGCUCGGAUGAGGAUGAUGUGACACAGGUUCGCACUUUCUUCACCAAGGUCCUCAACGAUGCUGAACGUGAGCGUUUGUGCCAAAACAUGGCAGGGCAUCUGAAAGGAGCUCAGCUGUUCAUUCAGAAGCGCAUGGUCCAGAAUCUGAUGGCAGUGCACCAGGAUUACGGCUCUCGUGUUCAGGCGCUGCUUGACAAGUACAACGCAGAGGGCAAAAAGAACUCCAUCCAUGUGUAUACACAGGGAGCUUCAUCUGCUGUGCCUUCAAAGAUAUGAUGUGUGGAAAUUCUCUCGUUGCUUUUAAAACCACACAUGUAGCGAGCACUUGAUCUUUCUUGUAUCAUUUAAGCUUCAAGACUAAAGUAUUACCAGUGUAACUGAAUAACAUUCUCCAUUAGAUUAAUUUUGAGAACAAUUUAAAACACACACAAACUAUGCUCUAAUCAUAGUUCAGCAGUCAGAAAUCUCUUGAUGCACUUCAUUUUUUUUUUAUAUACUAAGAAAUAAAUGACUCGAGACAUGAGACAACUCAUGAACAUUUCUUCAGUAUCUUAUUUUAGCUAAAUACACACAACUCUAGUGCAAGUCACAUUUCUUUAAUUUUCCAAGUCGCUUUUCUUAAGUGAUAUUUCCAUUAAGUAAUUAUAUAGUCUGACAAAAUGUAAUUGAACAAAUUCUUUCUUAGUUUUUUUGCAUGUCCAGAUUCAGUAAAAAAAAAAAAAAAAAAGUUCAGUAAGGAAAACUAAAAGCACAAUAUUCUUCGGCUUAUUUCCAGCAUAGCAGGAUAAACCCUUUAGUCUUGUUUGUUUUUCUAUUAUUUCUAUUAUGUUCUCAGUUAAACAGUCCUCAGUCUCAUUAACAACAAACUUUAUCAAUUACGUGUCAUCACUGCAAAGAAAAAAUAAUCAACUUUUAUUGUUUGAAAGAGUUUGUUCUACUUGCAUUGUUUUGUCCUGUUAUAUACAUGUCUCGUCUUUUAUUAGCUCACAUGUUGGAAUGUUGCUCAGACACGCAGUAGUUCAGUGGUUUUGUUGUUUUUCUGUUUGCCACAGCAUCACAGCCAGAUUUGUGCUUGCAGGUUCUUGUAGGUUAAAACACUGUUUUAUCUAAACUCUGUGUGAAAAACCAUCCUCUAAUGAUCUAUCCACAGUAACUUGGCACACCCUAGAAGUGUAUCUGCUUUAAUAUUACGAAGUUAAAUAUUACGAAGGGUAUGUCUAGUUAAUGCUGACAUUAAAAAAUAUCCUUUUACCAGCUAAGAAUGUUUGUUUGUUUUUUUUGUUUUUUUUCUUUUUUUUAAUCACUUUGAUAUAAGGAUAGAGAAAUGGUUUAGAGUUUAAAAACUAAAAGAAUUAAGAUCAGAACACAAUGUAAUUGUGCCUUAAGUCAAAUAUAUCAUGACUUACUAUAACUGGAUGUAUUUCAUAAGACUGUUUUGGAAAAAAAAAAACAUACAAAAUGCCUGGACUGUUAUCUGUCCUGUAUCCUAUCCUGUGGAAGUUUGCUGUGUGUUCUGUAAUUGAAAUCAAUAAAUCCUAAUUUGCUAUGCAUUAUA